AUGGCACUCCAUGACAAGCAAAAGCUCAUCUUUACAGAUCUGCCAAACGAAAUACAAUUCAAAAUCCUCCAUUUCACCUACGAGCCCCGCAUCAUCGUCCUCGACUGGGCGGUUCCAGAGCAUUGGAAGCUCAAUAUUCAGCAAGUCAACACCCCAGUGGCUCUACACAUCAACCAAAACCUUCGAAUCGAAGCGCAGAGAGACUACGAACUCUUAGAGCACGAUUUUUCCAUCAACGUCCCAUAUUCACAGUUUGCCCAAGCUGUCACCCACCCAUUGCUACAUUUUGGACCCGGGCUGUGGCCUUUGACUGUAUUUGUUACUGGCAGCUGA